AUGAAAAACGAAACGAAUGACAAACUUUCGACGGUUUCCAUCGAGAAUCCUGUGUCAUCCGUAUAUCAACAACAACAAGUCCCAGCUGACAAUUCAUGUCUGUUUACUACGCUUAACUUUAUCAUCAAUAACGGAAAUUUCGAUGUUGAAAAUGCACAUGAUACCAAUAUACGACUGAGAAAUGAUCUCGCUUGCAUGAUCGAAAAUGAUCCAGUAACAUAUACUGAUGUUGUGCUCGAGAGACCGCGUGAUGAAUACAUACAGUGGAUUCAGCAACCUAAUAGUUGGGGUGGUAAUAUUGAAAUUGGUCUCUUCGCAACGUUUCAUGGUAUCGAAGUCCGAGUUCUUGAUGUUAUUAACAGUCGUAUCAUUCCGAUUGGACCGACAGAUGCCAUAUAUUGUGCUUAUGUCGCUUACAAUGGCACUCACUACGAACCAUUAUAUUCGCAAAAUCCGUCUGGUCAAAAUCGUACAACUCGUUUUCUACGCGACAAUAAUCUAUCAAACAUCGAUCAACAAAUGAUAAAUCAGUUUUGUCAAAGUAGUGGAACGAGUAAAAAUAAUCUCAUGGAAUCAGAUGAAGUAAUUGAACGACAAGCAAUUGGACGUUUGGAAGGUCUUGGUUCAUUAUAUGAUAUUCGUACAGAUCAAUUCGUACUGGGAAAUUUAUUUGAAAAGGAAUUACCGGUUUCAUUUUUAAAAUGUUAUGAUUGUGCUAAUGUACGCUAUUGGCUUGAUUUUCAUAAUUCAGAAAAAGAAACAUUAGAUAAGUUAAAUAUUGAAGCUGAUUUAAAAUUAAGUUUAAUGGCAGGAUUAGUUCAUGUUGGGGAAUCAGCAAAAUAUUUAACACAGACAAAAAGAAAUAGUCAUACUGUUCGAGGUACAUUUAUAUAUCAAAUUAAAACAAAGCGCGAACAUUUAUCGCUAUCUAUGGAAAAGUUAUGUGAAUAUUUUUCGUCUUAUGCAUUUCAAGAUUCUAAUGCAACACAUGCUGUUGUUGGAAUUACAUGGGGAGCUAAUGUAGCUGCAACAUUUGAACAAAUAGCAGAAAACAGUGAUGAAAAAGAACAAAUUGAAGGUAUGUUAAAAGCAAGUUUUGCAAACGUGGAAAUUGGUAUUAAAGGAAAAGCAGAUUUAAAUUGUAAUAAACAAGAAAAGCUGGAUGUUACGUCAUUAAAAAUAUUUUUUUCUGGUGAUGCAUUAACUAAUAAAUGUCCACAAACAAUUGAAGGUAUUAUGAGUGUUUGCGAAGAUGUUCCAAAUCUUAUUAAAUCAACAAAUAAUGGAAAAGGAAUCCAACUUAUAUAUACACUUUGUUCUUUAGAACAAAUUGCAAAAAUAGCAAAAGUCAAAAAUAAUAUUUCUAGAUUGAUACAAGAUGUAUCUUUAAAAAUUAUUAAUCGUCUUGGAAAUAUAUUUGAACAAAUGAAUAAUCAACAAAAGAAAUUAAAUGAUUUUUUCCAUGAUAUCAAGCCAUGGACAAAAUACAUUCCUCGUCAAUGGCUUGAUUUAAUUGAAACAAAAAUAUCAAAUUUUAAUGAUGAAGAAUCAGAACUAAAAGGUGAAAUAUCAAAAUUAUUAGUUGCUAUUCGUAGUAAUAAAUCUGAAGAAUCAGAAAUGAUUAAACUUAUUAGAGGUUUUUGCAACCACUCAUGUUCAUGUAUAGAAAUUGAAAAAUUUCUUGAGAAGAAUAAAUAUAUUGAAAAUAAAAUAAACAAUUUAAAAAGAAUUAGUCCAAAUAAAAAUGAGUUAUUAGAAAAAAUUCAUUCAAUUGAAGAUUACAUUGAAGAUUAUAUUGAAGAUAAUGAUAUUUAUUUAUUACAUAUAUGUGAAGAAUGGGUAAAUCAAAAUAAAAAAAAUUCAUUAAAACAAAUAAAAUAUUUUAAUAAUUUAAAAAACAAUGAAAAAGAUAAUAAAAAUGCUAAGUUUUGGGUUAUUGAUUAUGAUUUACAGUCACAUUUAGUAAAAGAAUCAACUAAAUCUGCUAUUUGUUAUUAUUCAAGAAAUGGAUCAAUCGAAUCACGCGAUGUCUUAAAAGAUUCAUUAUGUAACCUUUCUACUGAACAAAUUAAUUUAAUUUUGAAAGAAAAUCCAAAUUUGGUAGAACGGGAUUUAAAAAAUAAAUUUCAAGAAUUUAUCAAUGAUUAUCCUGAUGGUGAACUUUCAAAGGAAGAUUUUAUUAAAGAAUUGAAAAAACUUUUUCCUAAAGGCGAUCCGAAAGAAUUCUGUAAAUUGGCAUUCAAAACAAUCUAUAAAGACAACAAUGACAAAAUAAACUUUUCAGAAUUUAUGACUGCUGUUGCUAUUACAAGUUCAAGUGAUCCCGAGAUACGACUUCAUCUAAUAUUUUCUGUUCUUGAUUAUGAUCAUUCUAAAAGAAUUGGUGUUAAAUACAUAGGUAAGUUUAUUGAAACAAUACAGGAACUUAAUAAUGGUUCAUCAAGUGUCAAUAUACCUAAAGCAGAAUCUAUUGCUGAACAAAUUAUGAAAAUUUGUAAUAAAUAUCCAGUAACAGAAAAUGAAUUUAUUAAAUGUUGCAAAAAAAAUAAAGAAAUUGCAAGAGCUUUUUUACCAAAUUUAAUAAAAACAGAAAUAAAGGAAAUUCAAAUAAAAAAGAAUCAAUCUCAACAAUUUGGAAUUACUGUUGCUGGAGGAAAUAAACAAGGCAAUGACUUAAAUCAACUCUUUCAUCCUUGUGGGAUCUUUAUUGAUAAUGAUAAAUCAAUUUAUAUUGCUGAUUCGGAUAAUCAUCGUAUUGUCAAAUGGAAGUUUAAUUCAAAAACUGGUCAAAUCACUGCAGGUGGAAAUGGGCAAGGAAAUGAAAAUAAUCAAUUGAAUCAACCAACAGAUAUAAUUUUUGAUAAAAAAAAUAAUUCUUUUAUUAUUUCUGAUCAUAGAAACAGACGAGUAAUUCGAUAUUUUUUUGAUAAAAACCAAACAAAUCAAGAAAUUAUUAUUUCAAAUAUUAAAUGCUAUGGUCUGGCAAUCGAUAAAAAUGGAUUUAUUUAUGUCUCUGAUUGUGAGAAUCAUGACGUAAGACGAUGGAAAAAAGGAGAUAAAGAAGGUGAAUUGGUUGCAGGUGGCAAUGGUCAAGGAAAUCAUCUUAAUCAACUCAAUUAUCCCACUUAUAUCUUUAUUGAUGAAAAUUAUUCGCUUUAUAUAUCAGAUUAUUAUAAUCAUCGUGUAAUGAAAUGGAAAAGAGAUGCAACAGAAGGAAUUAUUGUUGCUGGUGGAAAUGGUGAAGGAAAUGAUCUCAAACGAUUGUCUCGUCCUCGAGGAGUGAUUGUCGAUCAUUUGAGCCAAAUCUAUGUGGCAGAUUCUCAUAAUCAUCGAGUAAUGCGUUGGUGUGAAGGAAAAGAAGAAGGUGAAAUUGUUGUUGAUGGAAAUGGUGGAAGAGAUGAACUAAAUCAAUUAAAUUAUCCCACAGGUUUAUCAUUCGAUAUAGAAGGCAAUCUUUAUGUUGUCGAUUGUUUCAAUCAUCGAAUACAAAAAGUUGAUAUUCAUUCAAAAUUCAAUUUAUAUAGAAGUCUUAAUAAACUCACAUCACAAAUGAGUGAUUAUGAUGUGAAUAUACAAGAGAUUCAAAAAUCAUCCUUACUCAAAGAGCAAAAUCAAUUAACUACCAGUUCCAAUAUUGGUGAAGCAAACAAGUCGACUGGUGAGUUCAUUGAUAGAUAA